GUGCUACGUGGUGUUAAGUCUAUUUGCAUCUCCGUCAAUCUAACGAUACGCUUCUAUCCAGAGAAAAGGCGACACCCAAAUUAUUAACUCACUACACAUUUUCACUAUUUAUUGAUUCUUAAGCGUCGCCGGAGCCUCUCAGAAAUGGCGGAAGCGCACGACUCCGAUGAUCGGAAUACCACCGUGCCGGUUGAGGAAGAAGAUGCAUCCAGUCAUCAAUCCAAAGGAGUGUGUACGGAGGAUCAGACCGUUUAUGAACCUCUCCGCCGUCUGAUCGCUGAGAUUUUCUUUCCCGAUGAAAUUAAGGGUUCUUUGUUUCAUCGCGUCAAGGUCUCUGUCACUGAUAAUGGCCCUGCCGUUGCACAAGCUUGCAGAAACUUUGGUCGCGACGUUCUUUCUUGGACUCGUAGGGGCAGUCCUCUGCGAGCGCUCCUUGUUAUCUCUGUUGGGACAAUUGUUCUUCUUGCAAUGACGGGAUCGCUCAUCUUUCUGUUCUUCUUUCUGGCAGCCACUCUCAAUGCCAUUAUUAUCUCUCUUCUUGUAUCCUUGGCAGCAGUUGGAGGCUUCUUGGCUCUUUUCUUUGCUUGCGUAACAGCCAUAUAUGUGGGGGCAUUAGGAGUUGCUUUGUUUGUUAUAUCUACUGCAACAAUCUCAGCAAUUGUAGCAGUGGUGAUCGCCGCAGGAUGGAUUGGGUUCUUCUGUAUGGUUUGGCUAGCAAUACGCAAAAGUUUUGGUCUUGCGAAGCGGUCAGUGAGUGCGAGCAAUUCAGCAAUUUCAGCAUUUUCUUAUGCUAGGCGUGCCCACAAAGACUAGGUAAAUGUUUCAGAUCCUUUAAAUGAAUGCUAUGAAGUGGGGUAUGUUAUUCUCAAAAUUCUGGUGCAUAUAUUAUAAUGAGUUUUCGAAGGCCUUUUUAGUGUAUCCAUAAUGUGUAAUCUUACAAUGUAAAUAAUCUUUUAAAAGUAUAUUAUCUACUUUAUGGGCUUCUUUAUUGGCGAUGAAAGUACUAAGAUUUGAGAUAGCUCUUCCAUGAACUAUAAUCAUAAUUUUUAAGUAUAUUUCUUUUUCUUUCACUAUGAACUGUAAUUGUCAAAAUUUUAUAGGAUUAAAAUUUAAGGAGUCCAAUCAGGGUUUGUUUGACUCAAUGACUUCCUAAGUUUGAGGUUGGAACUUAUGUAUUCGAUUGUUCAAGGGAAUGGAUUAUAUAAA